AUGCUAAAGACCGGUCAUGGUGACUCUCGUUUCGAUGAAUUUCGACAAAAUUUUUCAAAGCUACUUGCCUUUUUUAUUUUACAAAUGAUCUGGAUAUGGACUAUCAGUUUACCACUUACAUUCUUAAAUUCUCCAAAAAUUAAUCAUGCUGUUGGUGUAUUGGAUCAAUUUGGGAGUGCCACUGAUGUUUUGGGUGUUAUUUUGUUUGUUGUCGGACUUUUGAUUGAGUCUGUUGCUGAUGUUCAAAAGCUUAUAUUUCGUAUCAGACGAACUUCUCCAAAGGAAUUUAUGAGAACUGGUCUUUGGGCAUGGAGUAGACAUCCAAAUUAUUUUGGAGAAAUUACGUCUAAUCACAGAGACAAAACCGCUAUGAUUUCUAUACUUUCUCCAAUAAUCACUAUCCUAAUCUUAAUGUUUUUAAGUGGAAUGCCUCUAAACGAACGACCAGCUCACAUAAAACAAUACAAAGCUGGGAAUUGGUCCGAAUAUUCUCGACAUUUAUCACGAACAAGUUGUUUAAUUCCUUUUCCACCAUCAUUAUAUGAACAUUUGCCACAAUCUAUAAAAAGCACUCUGUUUUUGGAAUUUCCAAUAUACAGAUUUGAUCCUGAUUCAAAUUCAGAUAGAAACCAUUUUGAAG